CGCCGCUUGACUGGAACACCUGGCCUUGCAGUCUGGUGGCCCCGCAGUGGGGGGCCACACCUUCUGUGCCGGACUGCAUCUGUUUCCAAGUCGAUUAUUUCACGAUUUUGCGAUAUUAGAUAAACGCGUGAUAUUCAGUAGAAGUUGCUACACGUAGGUUGCGAGUUUGUACUAUGCACGUGUACGUGCAGGUACAUGGCGCAAUGAGGCGAAGGGAAGGACAUGAGAUGAGGGCAUCGGCAAGUACAAUGGUAGGUUGAUGAAGUGCAAAAUGAACGAAGAGGAUAACGUUCACACUGUACAGAACCGGCUUGAGAAGCAAGUUGACAAUGGCCGAAUCGUUCGUCGAGCUCCACCAGCCUCCCUAGCUGCUUUCGGACAGUAGCAGCUGCUAGGAAAAGCAUGUACUGUAUGAGUUGCGCGCGGAGCCUUUCAGACCCACGGCUCGUCGGCCAGGGGGCAGCUACACUUGCACGAGUCUCCCAGGUGGUUUACUGCGCUGUCAUCCUGUAUCAACGGCGGCCACUGUUCGCCGCUGAUGGUCGCGCUCAUACUUCGUUUCCUCGAGGCACCCAAGGCCUCUGAGGUUAUGGCGAUGCCUGGAGAUGGGGACGCGCGCCACGACCAGUUUCCUUGUGUUUCGGAGCCUGCCGACUGGCCCUCCGACGAGCUGGACGAGGACACCCUCGAGGUGCCGCCGGACGAGGUGGACGUGGACCGCGCGAACCGGUUCGUGGCGUCCCCGGCGCUGCUGUCGCCGACACGGCAGGCGGCCCC